CUCGAUUGUAGUAUGCUUUGUUCACCAAGGUUGCGCACCUUGAAAUUACGCCUUGUCUCUAAUUCUAAAACAUUCCAAAUCUAAAAUUUUGUAGGUAGUACGUGAGAAAAAGGGAGUGUUGAUUGAUGGAAUUAUCCCAAGGCUCCUCAGAGGCCGCGGCCAACCUUGUGCCCGGCAUAUCGGCAGGAGAUAGCCACUCCGACACAGAUAGCCAUAUCUCUUUCGACGAAGACGAUUUGCCAGAUGGAAUCUGCGAUGAAUAUGCCGGGGCUUUCCCAGGUCCAUGGAGCAUCGAGGACGAAGACAAGCUCCAAGAGCUGGGGUGGGAAGGGAGGUCAAGAACAGAUCGUUUCUGGUGGAAACGAUUCGUACCCUACUGGACACAUCCAAAUUGGGACCCUGCCUUCGAGAUUACAGUUGACGGGACAAAGACAAGAGCGUCUAGGGGGGAGCGAAUGCGCCCUGCAAUCUUGCCGGUCGAUGAAGGGAUAGCACGCACCAACUACACCCGGAGGUGGGGAAUAAACACCUCCGUGCCCGAAAAUGAGAAUGGGGAAGCACGAUCGGGCUUGACACCCAACGUUGGCGUAGCGCCUAUGCAGCUGGAUGCCACUGGUCCGGGAACUACCGAACAGUGGACGCAAGGCUUCCAGACUUUCUGGUUUGGAGGAUAUACGAGUCAAGAGCUGAACGAUUUGGGUGUAUAUUCUCAAGAUCUCGGGAUCCCUGCAUCAGACCUCCCAGAUAGCGAUAUUCAUCGAUUGUUCGAUCGGGACAAGUGGACGCAAGAGCCAGUACCUGACCAUGGUAAAAACAAACGGAAAGCAACGUUUCAAAAUUUCGACUUAAGUUACAAUUUUGGCGAGGGAGAGCGUAAAUACGACGCGAAGGAAAAUGACGCAGUAUGGAAUGCCUUACUACCGUCCAUCAAGUUAGCUUCAAGGAUCAUCAGAUCAAACCAUCCGCACUGGAGGAUGCUUUUGGCUGGGAUUUAUCAUAUGCGCAAGGUUCCCCGAGAAAAGGAUGGGCGAACCAGAGCAGAGAAGCAAAAGAGUGACUAUCGCGAGUACCGCUCGUUGUGGCUUAAUAUCGAUCGAAAUGAGAUGUAUCCUUCCGCAAGGAGACUCUUUGACCUUCGAUUUGAGGCUGCGAGAGCAACUCUGGGAAUAUUAACAAGCGAAGGAAAGUUGAAAUGGUCCGUCGUCGAAGGUGUCCCGAAUCACAAUGGUCUGGCGAUGUGGGAAGUUGAUGAGGCCACAUGCGACUUUUCAUAUCGCCUUUGUCUUAGUGUAAACUUCGUUUGGCCACUUUUAGUUGAUCAGUACACUGAGAGUGAAAAAGCCGGCUACCAAGUCAUGUUAGCUAGAAUUAUGCUGCACGAACUUGCUGUAAGUGCCUCUGCUGAGCUUCAUUCUGUUUUGCUAACUCACAGCAACAUUUAG